UGUGAUUACAUUUAUCAAUUUGAGAAUAUUCUGUUUCAAUUUCGAUAUCAUCAGGCCUCCAUUCAAUAGAAAAUGAUGCCCAUGAGCUCGACUCCCGGGCCUCAGGGCCCCCCUGCUUUGCCUCCUUCUGGAGGAUCCACCAAAUCAUCAAGCAAUGUGAAAUCAAACUAUACACUGAAAUUUACACUAGCGGGACACACCAAAGCCGUUUCGUCGGUUAAAUUCAGCCCAAAUGGAGAAUGGUUGGCAAGUUCUUCGGCUGAUAAGUUAAUCAAAAUUUGGGGCGCUUAUGAUGGCAAAUUUGAGAAAACUAUUACUGGUCAUAAGCUGGGUAUAAGUGAUGUAGCUUGGUCAAGCGACAGUCGAUUGUUAGUCUCAGCUAGUGACGACAAAACAUUGAAGAUCUGGGAACUAGUAUCCGGCAAAUCCCUCAAAACUUUAAAAGGUCAUAGCAACUAUGUAUUUUGCUGCAACUUCAAUCCCCAGUCUAACCUCAUAGUAUCUGGUUCAUUUGAUGAGUCUGUAAGGAUAUGGGAUGUGCGCACAGGAAAGUGUCUCAAAACUCUUCCGGCUCAUUCAGAUCCUGUCAGUGCAGUACACUUUAACCGAGACGGUUCUCUGAUUGUUAGUAGUAGCUAUGAUGGGUUGUGUCGAAUUUGGGACACUGCCUCUGGCCAGUGCUUGAAGACACUGAUUGAUGAUGACAAUCCCCCAGUUUCCUUCGUCAAAUUUUCACCAAAUGGGAAAUAUAUCCUAGCUGCUACUUUAGAUAGCACCUUAAAGUUGUGGGAUUAUGCCAAGGGUAAAUGUUUAAAAACUUACUCUGGUCACAAAAACGAGAAAUAUUGCAUUUUUGCGAACUUCUCUGUGACGGGAGGAAAAUGGAUUGUUAGUGGAUCGGAGGAUAACAUGGUUUAUAUUUGGAAUUUGCAAACAAAAGAAAUAGUACAGAAAUUACAGGGUCACACAGAUGUAGUACUUUGUACGACAUGUCACCCAACUGAAAAUAUAAUCGCAUCAGCAGCUUUAGAAAGUGACAAAACCAUAAAACUAUGGAAAAGUGAUUGUUAAAUUUAGGCUUGCUAUCAAGCAAUUUCACCAAAAACCAUUUUCCAUAUUAUUACGGAGGGGUAAUUUGUAGGAAACCUCAAAUGGUACUUCUAGACUUUGCUUUUACCAUUCAAGGUUUCCUACAAAUUACCCCGCCGUAAUAUUAUGGAAAAUAGUUUUUGGUGAAAUUGUUUAAAAUUUGGAUAUUAUGUUGUGCUCCUGGACAGUCCUAAGAAAGAAUAUAAUUUGCCCAAAAAAUUCCAACGAAAUGAACAUUUUCCAGUUAUGGUAAGUUGGAAGAUAUCAGGUGCAAGUUCUUAUCAAUUUAUAAAAAUGCUGAAAUGACAUUUACGGCCUCAGAUUGAGACAUCAGGAAAGUACUUACAUGUCAUGAAAAUGAAUAAUGAAUGGUCUCAUGAUCUCAAGAAGCGCAACAUAUCCAAAUUUUAGAGAAUUCCACCGAAAGUCAUUUGCCAUGAGAUGAGUGCGAAGCCCUUUAUAUUUUUAUUUUAUUUUUUUCCUACUUUUUUUACCUUUAUUUUUUCUGUUUGUUCAAAAAGUCUGCAUUUCUUUAUGUUGGAUCUCAAAUUUUUAAUAGUAAUGAUAGUAUACUUUUGUUUAUAAAAAGACUAUUGUCUUAAGAUAAUAAAGCUUAUUUCGAAUUGAAUUUGAAUUGAUGUUAAUUAAGGCUUUGUUCCAACACAGCAGGAAAAUGAACAAUUUAAUGUCACGAUUCUGCGCAAAACCUAAAAUUUGACCGUUGAAUCCGAAACUCUUUACAGAACGGUUUCGAAGUCAUUCAGGGGUCCGUUUUUGACGUGUUGGAACAGACCUUAUAGUGGGCAGCCUUUUAUUUUUCGGAAAAUGGAUGAAGCAAAGCAGUGAUUUAGUUGUGAAAGGAAAUAUUGCAGUCCCAAGGCACAGAAGGUGUUUUUGUGCUCGAGCUCAGCACUAAAAGACUCACUUCUUGGCCUAAUGACAUAAAUACCUAUACUUUUACAGUUCGAUACGCACAAUAUCCCUGAUAAAAUGAUCGUGCGACGUUGCCACGUUUCUCAAAAUUUCCCUAGAAUCUAGGGCACGCAGUAUGAAUGUAUUACGAAUCACCUUGGUCCAAGGUGCCCUAGUAUCUACACCAGAAAAUGCUGGCUUUUUGAAUUAACCUAUCUGCUCAAGCUGAUAUUGAUGAUUUAAAAAAAAAAAGACGUUUUGUAGUUUAAUCUCCCAUACAAAGCUUGCCUGGAAUUUCUUUUUUUUUCGUUGCAUCUCAUAAAUUUCAAUUAAUGAAUAAUGAGAUUUAAUAAUCUAAGAAUUCAAUACACAUAAAACAUAAUAACCCUACAUAGUUUUUAGGUUAGAUAUUUCUGAUAAAAUAGUAUUUUUAUAUUUGAUAUAAUUUUUGAAUGUGUAAAAGAAAAGCCUGUUUUAUUUCUCUGAGGGUCGGUUUCUCAAUAGCAAGUCACCCCCGGGUUAAGCAUAACUACAGAGUAAACAUUGCAACUGGGCACGUUUGCCCUGGAGUUAAAUCCAACCCGGAGGUGACCCGCUAUUGAGAAACCGACCUUGAAAGAAAUAAAGGUAUAUUAAUUUGGGCGGCAUUGAACUCGCCUGACAGCAGGUAGAAGAUCUUGAUGACACCAUGAACCUAGCCUGUCCACAAACUGCUGACCUAUAAUCCGACAAUAUAAACUCGCCUGUGCAGAAUGGGUAUAAUACCUGAAUAAUAACCACUCUUUUUUUUUUAGGGUAGUCUUGUUGCAGUUUUUCUGUCAAAGCUUAAUUUUUUUUUCAAUAAGGUACAUAGAAUAGAACCACUGUGAAAAAAUGUCCCUAAUCGUUUUGUUCAAAAUGUGUAUUUUAUUGUUGGUAUGAUCUGAUUCGACUGGAUUUUACUUAAUUUUGUUUUUGAAGGUCUGCUUGGUCUUAUUAAAAAUUGAAUGUUAUUUGUAGUGUGUUCUAGUAUUGAGAAUUUAUUAUCGGAUUAUUAUCACUUUGAUAAUGAGUGUAUUGUAUUGGUCUUCAUUUAAUAAAGCUGUUUUGAAUUUGAAUUUAAAGUAGGUAGUGAUCCAUCAUGCCGCUGUUCAAAUUGAACCUGUAUAGCUUAACUUAAUAAGGUAUACACAAUUGGGAAGAAAGCAAAAUGAUCAAUACUAAGAAAAGAAAUUUACAAUAAUUACAAGUAACUGUUCCGGGCGGGUUUAUUAAUUAUCUUAUAUGACCCUAGUUUGUCAACAGGCUAGUUUAGUUGUGGGAUUGGAGUGAGAUGUGCAUUGCUUAAAUAGGGGUUUGUCAUUGUAUAUGUCUUCAAAUAAAACAAAAAAAUAAUUUAAAAAAUAUUGAAGGAAUCACAUCAAAGUUCUUAUCUGUUAAUUUUAUGAAUAGCUAUAAGAUUGCUACAAGUAAGCAAUAGAUGUAUUUAAUUUUUAAUAUUGUUUAGUGUGCCAAAUUUUUUUAGUAGGUACCUAUUGGUUUUUCUAAACGAUUAUUAUUAAUAUGUAUUAUCAUUAAAAAAAUACCUUUCUCAUCGCCAGGCUAGUUAAAUUACGCCCAUUAAUGUAUUUAUUAAUAAAUUGUUCACUUUUA